AUAUGAAGUCAUCCCGCUCUAAUCCCCAGCUGCCCCUGUGUCAUUCAAAGGUCGCUGUGAACUGUCACCGACUGAACUAUUUUAUAAUGCGAGUGAUCCCCCCCCCUCUCCGGGCCGCCCUUGUGGUUCGCUCCUGGGGAGUCACUCAUCACUGAUGACAGCCAGUAACCCUCUCCGUGCCGGGGGGGCGGGCUCCGACCCAGCUUCCUGCUUUGCCAGCUCCACACAAGCUCUGUUGUUGCGAAGGGCUGAGUGGCACCGCCCACGUUCGGGACAAACCAAUGUGUGAGGGGGGGAGGACGCGGAGGCCCGUUCUUGAUUGGCCAACGCUUAGUCGAAUGACGCGUCUCCUUCCACCUCAGCUGGACGUGUAGUUUGAGGCGCUCGCUGGGUCUCGGCCGCGUUGGAUGAGUGUCCACCCGCCGAGGGGCUGAGGGGGAGGUGAUCGGUGUCCCGCUGUACGGGCGGCCUGCGCUCGCCUUUCCUGACAAAGCACCGGAGAUGCCGGCGAGGAUGCCAGGAGGCGCUGGGGAAAGAUGACGAAGCGGCUGGUUCUGAUAGGCUGCCUCCUCCUCAUCUCCUUGUUAUGGUUACCACCUGGCCACGUGUUCUGCAAUGAAGAUACUGUCCUUCCUGCAACACAAUCUGCACAUGAUAAUGAGCUUUCUGUAAAUAAAGAUGAGCAUACAAAGAAAGAGGAGGAAAGGGAACAGCCAAAGACUUCAGAAAUAGUAGAUUCUCCAUCGUUGGGGCACGUGGGAGAAGAUUUGCUUUUGGAAGACUGCACAAAAGAUGAAAAGGACAAGAAAACAGAACCAGGACUAAAUUUACCUCUGGACAAUAUUGACAUAAAAGACGUGGAAAAAGCAGCUGUGAACCUGGAUACCAGUGUUGAAAACAUUUCCAGUUCAUCUACCUCAGAGAUCCCUCCGGUUCCACUGCCUGAUGCAAUAGAAGCGUCCAGUGCCGCUCUCCCUGUAGUCAGCUCUAGUGAACCUGAGCAGUUAGAACCUGACUGUGACACUGGGGGGGCAGUAGAGGUUGAGCCUCAGAGUGAGCCCUCCUUUAUCAAUCCAUCAGCAAGUUUUGUGAAUGAACAUGUUGAGAACGUCUCCGUUUCACAAAACAAACGAAAGGCGACAUCUUCAGACAUAGAAGACAAAGUGUCAGCUCCUGAACCAGAAGCAGAGAAACAGAAAGUACACCUUAAUGCAUCAGAGGAAUUGGAGAAAAAACUAACUGAUGACAAAGAGGUGGCUGGAGGUGACCCAGCUGUUCCAGGGAACACAAAGGACCCCGUUGACAUUCCAACUUUUGAUGAGUGGAAGAAACAAGUCAUGGAAGUGGAGAAAGAAAAAAGCCAGUCUACGCAUCCCUCAGUCAAUGGGGGGCAGCAUACAAUAAAGGUCCAAAAGAAUAGGAACAAUUAUGCCUCUGUGGAGUGUGGUGCAAAGAUCCUAUCUGCCAACCCUGAGGCCAAGAGCACAUCUGCAAUACUUAUAGAGAAUAUGGACCUGUAUAUGUUAAACCCAUGUAGCACAAAGGUUUGGUUUGUGAUUGAACUUUGUGAACCAAUCCAAGUGAAGCAGCUGGACAUUGCCAACUAUGAACUCUUCUCUUCCACACCAAGGGAUUUUCUAGUUUCCAUUAGUGACAGGUAUCCCACCAAUAAGUGGGUGAAGCUGGGUACUUUCCAUGCAAGAGAUGAGAGGACAGUACAGAGCUUUCCAUUGGAUGAGCAGAUGUAUGCUAAAUAUGUUAAGAUGUUCAUCAAAUACAUAAAGGUGGAACUCGUAUCACAUUUUGGAUCUGAACACUUUUGUCCAUUGAGUCUCAUAAGAGUUUUCGGUACCAGCAUGGUGGAAGAGUAUGAAGAAAUUGUGGACCCACAGUACCAUUCGGAGCGUCCAGAAAUCUAUGAUGAAGAUGAAGAUUAUCCAAUCGAUUACACCGCGAGAGAUGACAAAUCUUCAAAAAACUUGCUUGGUUCUGCUACAAAUGCCAUUCUUAGCAUGGUGAAUAAUCUUGCUGCUAACAUGCUGGGUGCGAAUACUGAGGAAGCGAACUCUGAAGGGAAAGUUUUGAAUGGAAGCACCCCUAAAAAUGUGACUGCAGAGACCGUGGAAGGCAGUCCAGAAAAGACCACUGAGCAAGCGCCACCUACAUUAGCUACGAUAGAAACGGAUAGCGUUGCACCCCCUACAGUAUCUGUUCCUGAGCCUGAGAUUCCUAAAGAAAAUCCCAUUGUCCAGCUGGUGCAAGAAGAGGAAGAGGAACAGCCUAGUGAGUCAACUGUGACUCUCUUGGGCACCGAUGAUCAGGAGGAAGAAAAAGAGUCCUGGUUUGAAUUUGAGACACAGAUUUAUUGUGGUGAACUAGCAACUAUCUGCUGUAUCUCCAGUUUUUCUGAAUAUAUUUAUAAGUGGUGUUCAGCAAUUGUGGCCAUUCACAGGCAGCGUAGUAAAACCUCUGAAUUUAAGCGCAGGGAGGAAAAUGACUCUCAGUCUACUCAGCAAACUUUGGUAAGUCCAGCUGCUGCUCAGGCCUCAGACGAACCAUCUGAGAGCAAAAACGAUGAAAUGGCCACAACAGAUUUUAUUUUGGUAAAUCCAGGAGAAGAUUUACAAACUGAUACUUUAAAUAAGGUCACCUUGGAACCUAGUCAUACUCAAACCAUAUUUCAGUCUGUUGCUGGACACGUGACCGCAGGUGAUGCAUUGUUAUCAACUGAAUCCCUUCCAGAGGUAACUAUGCACAGUCCACAUUUUAGCCCUCUUUCACCAGAGGCUGAACCAGAACAAACAAAGGAGGUGAAAACCAGCGAGACUUUGAUUUAUGUUGAAAAACCAACUGUAAACCUGGAGUUUAGUAUUUUACCAGAUGCACAUGAUGGCUCAGUGAAAGAGAAUGCCGAUUACUCCAACAUUAUUAAACCAACAGAAAGCCUGCCAGUACAGGAAGAUACUGUACCUGUAGAAAGUGAUUCCGAAGUAAAAGAAACACCAAAGCCUGCAUUGACUCAGCCUGUUGAGAGCCCACCUACUAUAGACAAAAAGGAGGAUGAACAGGUGACAGAGGAUGUCUCUAUUAAUGGGAGCCUGCACAGAAUCACUACAGAUUUUUAUGCCGAAUUACAGAACGCCACUGAUCUGGGCUAUACAAAUGGAAAUCAAGUGCAUGGUUCCAAUCAGAAGGAGUCUGUCUUCAUGCGCCUCAAUAAUCGCAUUAAAGCUCUUGAAGUUAACAUGUCUCUGAGCGGCCGAUAUCUGGAAGAGCUUAGUCAGAGGUACCGGAAACAAAUGGAAGAAAUGCAGCGAGCUUUUAACAAGACUAUACUAAAGCUUCAAAAUACAUCAGCAAUAGCAGAAGAACAGGAUCAAAGGCAGACUGAGUCUAUACAACUUCUGCAAGCUCAGCUCCUCAACAUGACCUUCUUGGUCUCUAAUCUGUCAGUCGCCGUCUCUGAGCUAAGCCAGGAGGUGUUCGAUCGGCAGACCUAUUUAAUCGUCUCCUUAGUGCUGUGCGUUGUUUUGGUGGCAUUGCUUUGUUUACAACGCUGUCGAAACUCAUCGCAGUUCAGUGAUCAUUACUUAUCAAAAAUACCUAAAAGCAAUAACUAUCCAAGUCCCAAACGAUGUUUUUCUUCGUAUGAUGAUAUGAAUCUUAAGCGAAGAACCACAUUACCACUGAUUCGUUCCCAGUCAUUUCAGCUGUCAAGUAAAGAAGUUGAUCCUGAAGAUUUAUAUAUUGUGGAACCAUUGAAAUUUUCUCCAGAGAAAAAGAAAAAGCGCUGCAAAUGUAAAACUGAAAAGGUUGAGACGUUAAAGCCAAUGGAUCCACUAAAGGCAAUUCCCAAUGGGGACAUCAAGACAAGAAAACAAUUCACAAACCAGAGAGACUUCUCAAAUAUGGGGGAGGUGUAUCACUCUUCCUAUAAAGGGCCACCUUCUGAAGGCAGCUCAGAGACUUCUUCCCUGUCAGAAGAGUCCUAUUUUUGUGGCAUCACAGCCUGCUCUGCCCUUUGUAACGGACAGCCCCAAAAGACUAAAACUGAGAAAAGAGCCAUCAAGCGCAGGCGCUCAAAACUUCAGGACCAAGGAAAGUUCAUUAAAACUUUAAUCGAUACAAAGUCCGGAUCCAUGCCUAGUCUACAUGACAUCAUCAAAACCAACAAAGACUUGACUGUGGGAACAUUUGGUGUUACGGCGGUUUCUGGUAAUCUAUAAUCAUCACAGGGUUUUUUUUUUGUUUUUGUUUUUUUUACGUCUGACUUUGAUACUAUAUAGAAGAUGAUCCAGCUUUCGGAGAAUAUGCACAACUUGUCUAGAUUAGGCUGGACAUGGUUCAUCUCCAGUUCCUGGACAUUUUGGGCAAGGAAAUGGGGCACGAUUUUGUUUCUCCUGGAGAUCAUUAAGUAGGAUUCGUUUUUGUUUUUUUCAGUUUAUUUACUAGGGAAAAGAACAUUUGAUACCCAGUUUUUUUGGGUGGAACUUAAGUUAACUUAAGCUCAGUUUCUCAAUCCCUUCCCUAAAUUUGUUCCCGUACUUGCACCUUUCCAUAUUUAUGUGCCUUCUGUCUAUUUAUAAUGCCACUGGAGGUAAAAGCAACAAGUGUGAAUGCAAGAGUUAGUUUUUAAGUACCUGUAUAUGUAUUUUUUUUAUUUAGCUGUUUUCGAAGUUUAGCACUACAAUGUGUAAGGCAGUUUUCCUGGAGGA